AGCAGAGACUUCUGCUCAGCAAGGUUUCACCACGGCUAGCUACUUCUUCGUGCUGUAGCCAUUCCAUUGAAUCGUUUACCAGGAUUAUAACCUUGCAAAGAUGACAAUGGAUGCUCUACAACUAGCAAACACUGCCUUUGCAGUUGAUAUGUUCAAAAAACUCUGCGAGAAGGACAAAACAGCUAAUGUUAUCUUUGCCCCACUCUGCACCUCAACAUCUCUGGCUCUGGCAUAUAAAGCUACAAAAGGGGAUACUGCAGUCCAAAUGAAACAGGUACUCCAUUUAGAAGACGUCAAAGAUGUUUCUUUUGGGUUUCAAACGGUAACUUCAGACGUUUCCAAGCUCAGCACUUUCUUUGCACUGAAAAUGGUCAAACGGCUCUUUGUAGACAAGUCUCUUAAUCCUACCACAGACUUUGUCAACUCCACAAAGAGGCCUUUUCCAUCUGAACUGGAAUUAGUGGAGUUCAAAGAAAAAACUGAGGAAACGCGACAGAAGAUCAACAAAUCUUUGUCAGAGCUAACUGAUGGCAAAAUGGAGAAUAUUUUGACUGAGGAUAGUGUAGAUGACCAGACUCAGAUCCUCCUGGUUAAUGCAGCUUAUUUUGUCACAAACUGGAUGAAGAAGUUUCCAGAGGCAGAGAUCAAAGAAUGUCCUUUUAAGGUCAACAAGACUGAAACUAAACCAGUGCAAAUGAUGAACCUAGAAGCCACUUUUUGCCUGGGCUAUGUAAAAGAAUUAAAUGUUGCCAUCCUUGAGCUUCCAUGCCUCAACAAACAUAUAAGCAUGCUCAUUCUGCUACCCAAAGAGAUUGAAGAUGAGACCACUGGCUUGGAGCAGCUGGAAAAGGCACUCACACCCCAGACAUUAUUGCAGUGGACCAAUCCCAGCAUGAUGGCCAACACCAAAGUGAAUGUAUUUCUUCCAAAAUUUAGCAUGGAAGGUGAUUAUGACCUGAAGCCACUUCUGGAAAGCCUGGGAAUGACAAAUGUCUUCAAUGAGAGUGCAUCAGAUUUCUCUGAGAUGUGUGAGACAAAAGGUGUGGUUUUGUCAAAGAUCAUCCAUAAAGUCUCUUUGGAAGUCAAUGAACAAGGUGGCGAGUCCCGAGAGGUACCAGGGUAUCGGAUUCUGCAGCACAAAGAUGAAUUUAAAGCUGACCACCCAUUUAUCUUUUUGUUUAGGCACAACAAAACUCGCAAUGUGAUUCUUUCAGGCCGAUUCUGCUCCCCAUAAGCAGGGCAUAUUCACUAUGAAAAAGUGCAAUUACAUUUAUGGUGGUGAAUGUUCCUGUAAAGUUUGGCAUCCUGUCACCUUUGAAAGGAAAUUUAAGAGGUUCCUGUAUCAGCUGGUACUCUACAUAUGCAGCAGAACUAGUUUUAUCUCCUUUUGUGUCAUCCCCUUAAGAUGAAGGAUUUCCACUGUGAAGAACACAUUGUAUCUUACUGAGAAGUAUCCCAACCUCAGCAAUAAGUAUAAUUUGUUCCUCUGUAACAUCUUUUUCCCAAAACUAAGUGAACUGAGAGUCUGCUUUAGGCUUUACAUAGAUAGAUCAGGAGUUGGAAAGGGCUCUGGGAGAAAGCUAUUUUUCUGCUCCCUAGCCAAACUACUCUCCCUCGUGCCCCAUGCUCUGUGGAUUCCUACUGCAUAGAAGGGGAAAAUGUGGACAUGAGGUGUAAAUAGCCUUCCACUUGUACCUGACUACACUCUGGUGGUCCAGGGUGCCCUAUCAGACCCUGCCAGUGCCCAGUGAAACACUGCCCAAGUUCUGCAGCAUAGUAAAGACAAUUCAGGCUAGCAUCAAAAUUUGCAUCUGUGGAA